AGUAUAUAAUCAAUGUUUUUAUAGACAUUGAAUAAAAUUUAUUUUUUUAUUUGCUAAGUGUUUGUAAAAAAUAAAAUAAAAAUUCAAUAAAAUCAGCAAAUGUUUAAUUAUUAACAACAAAAAACAUAUUUGUUUGGAUAUAUUUAUUUGCUUAGAAAAACAAUUAACAUUAAACUAAUUUUUUUAAAUAUUAAAAAAAAUUGUUUUAACUAUUGUGUUGUGUAAAACAAUUGGUAUUUUUUAAAUAAUGGGUUCAGUAAUUGUCGUCAAUAAUAAUAGCUAUAUAAUUGUGACGAUAGCCAUGCUAUCAAUGUUGUUGUUGACUAUUGAGACAUCAACUAUAACAACAACAACAACACCAACACCAUCGCCAAGUCCUACACCUACGCCACAAGUUUAUCAAACGUAUAAUUUGUAUGAUAUAUGUAGUCAACGUAAUGUCAAUCAAAUUCAAUUAAAAGUCAAUGAAAAUAAGGGAUCAGUUAUACCGGCUAUUCUCUAUCUGUUAGUCAAUGAUAAUGUUAGUCAAGUAAAUGCCAAUCAAACAACACCAACAAAGACAACGACACCGAUAACAGACUGUGCCAUCCGAUUGACAAUUGGUUCAGCAAUUCAAUGGCCAAAGUCUAACGGAUUUAUUGUCGGCAUCGAUGACCUACUGAUGGGCGAUAGGGAUAGUAUAGAAAUUGUCGGAUCAGAUCAUAUGGUUAUCAAUUGGUCUAAAAAUAAUACUAAUAGUAGUGGUGUUGCCUAUGGUGUCGUCAAGGGUGCUGUUUUCAAUGGUACCGACUUUCUAGAUAUAAGGUUUAGAUCCGAUAAUUUGUUUAAUACUAUUAGACUUCAAUUGAUUAUAACACCAUUUGAAGAACCGCUAUUUGAUUAUUGUUUGUCAACCGAUGAUAGCAAAUGUUUAGUAAAUAAUAGUAGCAAACAAUGUAUACCAAGAAGUUUGAGAUGUGAUGGCCAUCGCAAUUGUGCCAAUGGUGACGAUGAGAUCAAUUGUGGUGAUAAUGAUGAUCAAUACACAACAAUAUUACCACAAAAUACUACUACUACUACUGGUGAUGACAACUACAACAACAACACUGAUACUAUUGAUACAGAUUUAUCAUUGAAAAACACCACUUAUAAUGAAUACAACUUGAAAAAAAUUUGUCAAAAUAGUAGUAGUACUGUCAAUGGUAUCAAUGGGAUUAUCAACCUAAGCAGCACCGGCAGCACCGGUACCAACAACAACAGUACUAACAUACCGGCCAUUAUCUAUCUGUUAGCUGAUGACAAUAAAAACUUGUCGCUAACCAACUGUACCAUUAGAUUUGUGACGCCCAGCAAAAAAGGUCUACUACUCGGUGUCGACAGUCUAGCUAUAGGUACCGGUGAUUAUCUGGCUAUCGGUUCUGGGGAUAAACAACAGCGAGAAGUAGAUUGGUUUCACAAUAGUACUGGUAGUCAAGUAGGACUGGCCUUCAAGACAAAUGUCCAAAUAGUUGACCUAACAUUUCACGGGGGAAAUGCUAGUAAUUCAAGUUUCUCAUUGAUUAUGACACCCUAUGAUGUGCCAAUUAUGGGCUAUUGUUUUUCAACGUCAAAUCUCAAAUGCCGUACACCAUAUGGCGAUGACUACCAGUGCGUAUCCAAACAAUACCAGUGCGAUGGUCAUCGUAACUGUGCCAAUGGUGAGGAUGAAAGUAAAUGUCCCAGACCGGUACCAUCUACAACAACAACACCACCCACUCCUACUACUACUACUACUACACCUGAACCUAAACCUACUACUAGUACUUCACCAAAACCAUCAACAACAACAACAACGGCAGCGCCAACACCUAAACCAACUACAAAACCGGGACCAACACCAGCACCGUCACCAACACCCAGUCCAUCGACACUAAGUGGCGGUCAAAUAGCCGGCAUUGUUAUCGGCGUAUUGAUUGCUGCCCUGUUGUUGGUCUUUAUUGUCUAUAAAGUUGUUAAAAAACGUCAAAACGGUGGUAUAAAUAGCGGUUAUUCACCCGUUAAUGAUAAUUGAUUGAUCACAACAACAAUAAAAAAUUAAUUAAU